GUGACGUGUUUCCGGUCGGACUGUUUUUGUGGAUGGACCGGCCCGUGUACCUUGAACUUGUCAGGGAGGAUUCAUCCGUCUCUUCUCUUCUGUUUUUACAAUUUAAACACUUUUAAUUAAAACAUGUCUAAUUUGACGAACGUGCUCCGUCACGCGCCCUCGGCCUUCAGGCGGUUGUCGCGCGGCGGAAGUUCAGAAAACAGCGUCAGUUUGUGUUUAAACUUCAGGUUUGUGCGGGUUAGCUCGUCUGCUAGGCUGUCACCGAGUCCUCCACAUCUAAACAAAACCAGCUCCAGGUGUUAUACGAGCUCCGCCAAGACGAAACCGGUCCGGAUCGGCUGUGCCUCCGGGUUCUGGGGGGACACAGCCACCUCAGUGCCUCAGCUGAUCUACAGCGGGAAGCUGGACUUCCUGGUGUUUGACUACCUCAGUGAGAUCACCAUGUCUCUGCUCACCGCCGCCAAGUCCAAGAUGCCUAAUCUGGGUUACGCUCCAGACUUCGUCCAGGCGGCUCUCGCUCCGUUCAUCAACGACAUCCACAAGAAAGGUAUCCGUGUGGUCAGUAACGCAGGAGGUGUGAACCCUCUGGCCUGUGCUGAAGCCAUACAGGAAGUCAUUAAGAAGGCCGGCCUGGACCUUAAGGUCGCCGUGGUGACCGGGGAUGACCUCAUGCCCCAUAGAAGCAGCCUGUCUGAAGUAAAGAUGGUGGCUGACGACAGCAGGCAGCCGUUACCGAAAACACUCCACAGUAUGAACGCUUACCUCGGGGCUCUUCCUAUUCGUCGUUGUCUGGACCUCGGGGCCGACAUCGUGGUGACCGGGCGCUGUGUGGACAGCGCCGUGGCUCUGGGGCCGCUCAUGCACAGCUUCGGAUGGAAGAGAACAGACUACGAUCUGCUGGCUGCUGGGAGUCUUGCAGGUCACCUGAUCGAGUGUGGAGCUCAGAGUACUGGAGGAAUCUUCACCGACUGGCACAAAGUUCCUGACUGGGACAACAUGGGGUUCCCGGUGGUCGAGUGUUCGAGCGACGGCUCCUUCGUUCUCUCCAAACCGCCCAAAACCGGCGGCCUCGUCUCCUUCGGCACGGUGGCCGAGCAGCUGGUGUACGAGAUCGGCGACCCGCAGCGAUACCUGCUGCCUGACGUCACCUGUGACUUCAGCCAGGUGGUCAUCAAGGAAGUACCAGGUGUUGAAGGAGGUGCUGUCAGAGUGACGGGGGCUAAAGGCUUCGCUCCUUCACACGACUACAAGGUGUGUGCUACGUACAUGGAUGGCUUCAGAGCGACGGCAGUUUGUCCGGUUGGAGGCCCGAGAGCGGCGGAAAAGGCGCGACGAACCGCGGACAGCAUCAUCAAACGGACGAAGCGUAUAUUCAAGCAGUUGGGGUUGGAAGAGUUCAGCUCCGUCAACGUCCAGGUCCUCGGAGCUGAGGACACGUACGGCGCCAACGCUCGCACCAAGGGCUCCAGAGAGGCGGUGAUCUGGAUGGCCGUCCACCACAAACAGAAGAAAGCUCUUGAACUCUUCGCCAGAGAAGUAGCUCCUGCAGGGACCGGCAUGGCUCCUGGACUCACCGGUAUCGUGGGCGGCCGACCCCGAGUGUCUCCUGUGUUGAAGCCGUUUUUCUUCUUGCAUCCGAAAUCGCAACUCCAAGUGGACGUUCAUGUCGGUGGAGAGCAGGUGGAGUCUCUCACAGAGGCGGAGCCGGACACACCUGAGCGCGACGCCCCUCCCACCUCGUCGGACGACGUACCUGACGCAGAGCUGCCCAGUGGACCCCACAGCUACAGACUGGAGGAACUGGCCUACACAAGGAGCGGAGACAAAGGGAACUCUGCCAACAUCGGAGUGAUCGCUCGUCAUCCGCUCUUCUUCCCCUACCUGAAAAAACACCUGACUUCUUCUGUGGUGGAGGAAUACUUCUCCCACCUCAUCCAGCCCGGGGUGAAAAACGCUGUCACACGAUACAGUCUGCCGGGGAUCCAUGGCCUCAACUUUGUCCUGCAGAGUUCACUGGGAGGGGGAGGGGUGGCAUCGCUACGAAGUGACCCUCAGGGUAAAGCCUUCGGUCAGAUGCUGCUGGACCUGAAGCUGCGAGGACUCCCCGACCUCAAGUCUCUGGUGGACUGAACAACAAAGAGUGAGAGACGCUGAGAGAAAGACGAGACUUGCAAACAUUUAAUGACGAGAAAUGAAAGUGAAGAAAACAUCCAGUGAGACAGAAAGAAACAUUUAAAGAUGAAUUCAUGUUCUUUCAUUCAGACUCUGAGCAUUUUAUCAACCAAAAGAGAGCAUUCAGGAACAAAACAGCAUGACGUGUUAAAUACGCUUCAACAGGAGGCAAAACAGCAAAUGUCUGAAGUCACCAAACCCUCAAUAUGACGUCAAAUCCCACAUUUCCCUCCUCACAGCUGCAUUUAUGACAAAAGUCUCACACAACACCGUAAAACAAAAACAAAACAGGGCGUGGGAACUUUAUUAUUAUUUCAGUCACAACAUGGGUCUGACUUCUGUUUCUCUUUGAGGCACAUCAGUCACAUUUUUUUGACCAGAUCUUGACUUAUCAAAAAUCUGAAACGUCUCGUUCGAAAAGUAAAACUUCAUCCCAUCAGAAAUCUGCAGCACUGUGCAGAAACAACAGUGUAAAGAUCGUCUCUGAGGGAUAAUUCCGUUGAUCUGCUGACUAAAAGGAAAGAAACCAGAGCUGUCAGAUUAUCAGACGAGUCCAGUCGAACUCAUGUAGAAGGUGAUUGGUGAAGGAAUCACUCAGAUUGUCUUCAGUUAACAUCCAUCACAGUUUACUGACCUGCUUCGACUUUCAUUACCUGCACAGACAACAUGCAGCCUUCGCUCGCCAUUUUCUCCCGCUUUAAAUUCAAAAUGUUGUCACAUUGGCGAUCCUGUGUUCUGGCUGUAGAUUAAAAGUCAUUUCAGAGCUGAGAAAGACAGAUUUUGCGAUAUUUUCUAGCCAGAUCAUCCACCCCCGGCUCCAGGGAACAUUUUUUGGGGGGGUAAAUGUGCAACAUCCUCACCAUCUGGUCUCAAACAGACUUGAGCGCCGUACCAGCUCGAGCUCUUGGAGGAGCCGUGGUUUGGGUUUCCCUCGGAGGGUAAACAAAGCAUCCGCCACGGUCACGAGUCGCUCCGGUCCGACAUCAGAGACACAUGCUCGCAGGCCUCAGGUUUUCAGCUCGUUCACCUCAACGCGACCCGGCUCCGAUGUUCGCCGCCCCGCAGGAAUGUGUGUCUCCUUCCACCAAAACCGAGUCUCUGGCUUCCAGUCUGUUUAUCCAUAAUUGCAAACAGACCGAAGCCGCAGUCAGAGUCACUCCACAGCUUCCGUCGUGGCUGAAAACUCAUCCACCUCCUCUGAAUCAUAUUCCCCUCUCCCAGAUGUUUGUUUUCAUCGGUAAAGAAGUAAAAAUGCCACCUGACUCUUUGGGUUAGACCCUGUGGAUUUCUUCUCUACCAUGAGUCAGUUCUUCUGCUCCAGGAAAAUCGUGUUGUUGCUCCGACCGUCAACUUUGACCGCUUUGGGACUUUAUUUUUCAGGCAAAUCAGAAUUGUGAGUCUGUUAAAUAUAAAAAAUCGUUGAGUUUGAGCCCAAACACAGAAAUGAACCACAUUAUUGCAAUCAGCCCAGACGAAUGACUAAACGAUGGUCUUCUGAGUGUUUCACACACAAUAACAUGAUAGAUUAAAGCAAUAAAAAUGCUUCCAAACAGGAAUUGAAAACAGAGUUGCAUGAGUAUAAAUCAGACCAAUUAUAGAGGAAUCACAUGGGAAAAAUAACUAUCCAUCAGCCUGUCGCCGGGAAUUUAAAGACGACACUGAAGUGGUCAGAGUUGCAGAAGGAGGUGUUUGUAAUGAGAGUCGUAAAUUUCAGCUAAUUUCCUGUUUUUUCAGAAUCCCAAAUUGAAUAAAGACAAAAGCUCGGACGUCAACGCUCGGCACUGAAAGGUUAAACAGCGCUCACGUCUUAAUGAUGAAGAUGAGGUCUGAGAAAACAGCCUCACAUCUGUCCUACAUAUUGCCACUUCUAAAAAAAAAAAAAAAAACAGACCGUGUGAAUUCUCUGCAAGACUGUGAAUAACACUUUAUCAUCGAGGAAGAACGAUUUCCAGCUAAUUCUUCAUUCAGCCCCAAAAUCAACAGGAAUUGUUUGAUGUUGACCCAAAGCUCUGAGUGUGUUGAAAUGGAUAUCUGAGCAAUUGUUCCUCAUUUUGAACAGAUUUUAGUCGUCUUGGAUGCUCUCUUUUGUCUAGAUAAACAUCAGACUUCCCUUCUUUUGGCUGAAGGUUUGUUGUGGAGACUUUUAAUGUCCGUCUCAACCUCCUGACCUCCGUUAAAAAUGUCUUUGAUGUAGCAGACGAGGCCAGAAUGAAAGUCAGCAGCAUUAAGAUGUAAAUUAUGCAGAAUGAUGUGAUGCUUUGUCAAGUAGACUCGUGCUACUGAGGUAUUAAUCAAAGUUAUUAGAAUCUCUUAAAAUCUGUUUUCAGUACAACUCUUCAUCCACGAGUUACAUUGAUGGAUGUCCUUUCCUGUUUAAUAUUAGAACUCAUUUUUACUUUAUUCAACUUUAUUAUCGAGAGUUAAACAGGAAAGUACGAAAACAUCUGUAGAUUUAUUCUCUCAGGAAAAUGAAAUGUAACAGAGAGUAAAUCAGAAUAAUGAUAAAUAUAGGGUUGGUGUAUUAUAAAGUUACACUGUCUCAGUUUGAAGAGUAACUACAUGAACCAGUUUUGUAAAAGCACAGAAGACCGUUACAUUUCAGUCCAGCAGUUAUUGAGAGAAACCAAGAAGUUUUUCGUUUGGCAAAAAGCAAAGGUCCAAGCAUUGAUCCUUGUGGAACACCAGAUAGUUUGUCUUCAUUUGAGUAGUUUUUAAACAAACAGCUCAAAGAACGAACGCUCCAAAGUUGCAGCAGAACAGGUUCUGCAAAUGAAGACCGUGAACGACCGUCCCAGAUUUCAUAGGAAUCCAUCCAGUAGCUGCUGAGAUAUUUAAGUCCCAACACUUUGGGUGUUUAGUGAAUAAAUAAAGGUCCGGGCAUUGAGCCGUGGGGAACACCUGAGUUUUUCUUCAUUUUACUAGAUUACAGCUAAAGAAUAAAGCAGAAAGGAAACUUUGAUUGUUUGAAGCAGUUCAGUUCUCUGAUCAAACCCUGAAGUAUCAAUCACGAUAAAAUUUUCGAUCUGUUUGUUAUUUUAAGGCAAUCAAGACCAUAAAUGUCCAUCCCAGAUAUAAUACAGCUUGAGGUGUUUCAGUCUGGGCACUUUGGUUUUACGCCCAACUGGCAACACCCAACAGAGAAACCAUUGCACCUUGUGAGUUUGUCUUAAUUUUAGUAGAUUAAAAUAAACAAAAAACAACUUGAAUGCUACAAAUUCCCUAAAGUUUAAAGAACUAUGUUGGUUCUUUUGUUAAUUCUUAAGCAAAGGUCUGAGAAUUGACCCUUGUGGAGCACCAUCGAGUUUUUCUUAAUUUGUAGGGAGAACUAAAACAAACAAGUUGAGGCAGUCCAGGUUCUUUGGUUUGCUCUGGUCGGACUCUACAAAAAUAAAUCAAGGGAACACCUCAUGUCCAUUAUUUACUUUAAGGUAAUGAACUACAGGAACGUCCCAGAGAUCACAAGGAUCCAUCCAGUGGUUGUUGAGAUAUUUCAGUCUGGACACUUGGUGUUGCCAGUUGGGCGAUAAACCAAAGUUCUGAGAUUUGAGCCUUCUGGGACACCAGAGAAUAUUUUUAAAAAUAACAGAAAAAACAAUUGUGAACUCUUGACAUUCAAACUCAGCAGAACUUGUUUUACUGUGUUGUUUUCAGACACUAAAGAUUUUGAGUCUGUGCCAGAUUUCAGGAUUGAAAAAAAAGGAAGCGAUGAUAAAAACAGUAUUUAGGACGUAUAUAGGACGAAACUGCUAAGUUGAGUUGAAGUGCCUUGCUCAUGAGCAGCUCAUUGUUCUUAUUCCUUUAGAUGUUCCAGCUCGAGCAGGAUUUAAACCACUGACUCCUUUUAUUGCCUUUUCUGCCAAAGUGAAAACAGACAAACUGUUUCUCAGUUUCUGUUGAUGUUUACGAGGCACAACAUGUUUGCAGGAAUCUUCUUAUUUUUUGAACCACAAGUGCUUUUUUUUCUACCAUCGUGUUCUUUAUUAAAGGGAGAACCACUUAGAUUUUAAUAUUUUGUGACACAUUAAUCACAGAUGAUUAAAUCCAUAGAAUCAGAAGUCUGUUUUGAUCGAAGCUCUUAUGUUUCUUUAUUUUAACUAUGAGUGACUUCGGCAUGUUUAACAAACACUUCACUAAAGUUUGAAGUUUGAUUUUUAUGCUUUCCAUAAAUCAUGAAAUGCAUUUUAACAGUGAGCUGAUUUCUGUAUGAUUUUUGUAGAUACCUAACUGAAGAGAUGAAUAAAUAUUUUUAUGAGCAAAGCAAA